AUGCCGUCGCGGCGAUACGUCGCCCAAAGUUCCUUAAACGAUAACUCCGCUACGUCCGGACAGAAACAAAAACCCUUGUCAAUUUCGAUAUCAACCCCAUUCGCGUCGUCCUCAGCCAUCCGGGAGGAUAGCUGUACGGAGGAUCCCGAUUCCUAUCGGCCCUCCGCCACGGCCGGCAGGAGCGACGUGCCGAACAGGAGCGUGUUUUACCCUUUGGGGUUGGAAAGGGAGGCGCCGGUGAUCCUGCAUUACCUACAGCUCGGCAGAUGGCGGACGCGGGUGGCCGGCUCCGACUACUUCAUCCACCGCCGCCGGCGGAUCGGGGAGGUCGUCGGGCAUACCGUCCGCUGGCUCUUCAACACAAAGCCGCGGGAUCGCUUCGUAUUUAUUGUCGAUCCCGUCGAUGAUUUUCUCCUCCACAACGAUGAAAACGACAACGACCAGGACUCCGCGUCGAAGCUCGAUAACACGGCCUCUCGUGGAGGUCGAGCAAGACGCCAUCCUCUGCGGCGACUGAGCUUACGGUGGGAAGGAUUACAGCGCCGGCUCUUUGGUGCGCCGCCUGCGUUUGCUUGCGAUCGUCAAGGACUGGCAAAGCGAUGUUGGGUAUCCUCCUCUUCGCCUUCCUCCUCCUCCGAUAACGACAAAGACGAUUCACUGAGGCAACCUUUAUCCUCUUCCUUGCCUCGUUUUUCUCACCACCACGCGGUGGAGUCCAUUGAAGUGCUUCAUGCGGAUCUGACGGCGCUCGACUACGCGCCGCGGCUCCACUCCAGGUGCUUUUCGAUGGAAGCCAAAGUCGUGCGCAGCUACCUCUUUCCCUCCCUCCGCACCGCGCUUGAACACUACGGCUGCGGUGCCGAUCUCCAAGCCAUUCGCGCACGACACAGCGCGGGCAUCAGCGCGCAAAUCCCCCAGCAACCUCUCGACCUAAAUAGAACAAAGGGCGAUCGUGCAAAACAACAAACCCGACGGGUACAAAGUGCCUCCUCCCGGUGGUCCUCAGAGCGGGCAAAGGGAGGCUCACCGCGUCUGGUCUCCACGCACCGUGAAGUGGUGCUGUCGGUCUUCAGCGCUGACCCCCUCUUCGACGAGGUGCUGCGCGAGGUGCUGCUGCCGGAGGCGGGGAGCUUCCCCUACGCCGUGAGCGCCGCCGCGCAGCGCCGGCUGCUCGCGAUGUGCGAAAGCGGCAUCCCACGCUGGGCCUUCCUCCCCGGCCUCCCCUGCCGCCGCUUCCUGUACGGCCUCCACGUCGUCCUGACCAACCUCGGCCCCCUCGUCGCCUUCGCCGCGGGGUUCUACGACCUCUACUGGCACCUCCCGCAGUUCACGACGGUGAUAGCCCGCGGGCUGGAGCCCCUCGCGCGCGUGGUCGAGGCCCGGCUCGCCCUGCGCCGCUCCGUCCUCGCGACGUACCUCCUCUCGGCGUUGUGGACAAGCGGCGACGGCCUCGCGCGCGUGCUGUCGCAACUUUACCUCCUGCAGGCCUUUGGGGCCCUCUAUAGCCUCCUGCAGUUGCCCUUGAGAGUUCUGUGGGGUGUCACAGGGGCCUUCUAUAGUCUCCUGCAGUUUCCCUUGAGAGUUCUGUGGGGUGUCACAGGGGCCCUCUGUAGCCUUCUGCAGUUGCCCUUGAGAGUUCUGUGGGGUGUCACAGGGGCCCUCUCCAACGUCUUCGGCCUGCUUUAUGCCACCACCUGGGCGCUUCUGACCGCCAUCGCGUGGCUGGUGGCGAUGGUGCGAGAUGUCCUGGGGAUGAAGGGGAUGUCCGGGGUGGAGGGAAUCUCCUCCACGUUCGGCUGGUGGCGGGAGUUCUGGCUGACGAUUGUUUCGCCGGUGAAGAACGCCGUGAAGGGGUGCUGGUACGCGGCUCUGUACGUCAUCCACGUGAUCACACGGCAUGAGGCCUCGAUUCGGCAAUGGUACAGCCCUACGGUUACCUGCAUUACGAGGACGAUGGAGGCUGUGAAGGAGACAAUGCUCAAAAAGGCAGAACGAUGGCGGCGACAAAUCUUAUCCAAAAUAAUCCUUAUUGGUAUAGCGGUCCUUGCAUCGAGUAUCUGUCUGUCGGGGUUUUACUAUUUCAAGCCUCAACCUAUAUUGGAAAAGUGA